CACAUGGUCGCUUGAUACGCCCACGUUUGUUGUUUUGAAAGAAAAUUUUUGCUGCAAAAAGACCAAUUUUUUACCUUUUCAUGUAUGAAUCUCCUCAAAUUCGUCACUAAAUCAGUUUAAAAAGACACAGUUAUAAUUUAUUCUCUUUAGAAAUUAAAAGAUUAAAACCAAUUAAGCGGCCAACUUUUAAAGAAAAAUGCGUCCACUACCAUCCUUUGCGCAGGGUUAUGGGCGGAGGGUGAAGGCGAGGACGCCCGCCAUGGAGCCAAUUCCCUUUAAGGAACUUCUGCCCCUGAAACUGAGAGAUUAUGUCUCAAAUAAGAGGGGCGCUGCUGCUGGCGCCUCCUGUUUACAAGAAAUGGCCAAUCUGUUCACCUGCUUGAAAACCAAUGAAUUUAACCAGACUGUCUGCUCGAAAGAAAUUGGCACUUUCCAACAGUGUUACAAAAUGCAUUUGCAACAACGAGAAGAAAUGAAAAAGGAUACUUCAGGCAUUGGCAGUAAAAAUUUGUCGGCCAAACAAAUUAACGCCUUACUGGCCAAAUAUAAAUAGAAAGUGUACAAAGUGAGUAGUGGUAAGAAAGUAAUAAAAAAAAGAUUCAUUAUCA